CAGGCUGUUUAUAAACUUUCCUGCUGCCCGACAUCAUUUUUACUUUAUUUUGCCAGAUCCGCCGAACUUUAGUUCGUCGAGAGCAGGGAUCAAGUGGGCAACGACAUGAACCAAACGGAGAUCCACGUUCCCGAGAGUCUGGAUGAUCUGAUCAGAGAACUUCAUGACAUAUUCUCCAGUGACAAAGUCAACGUGGAAGAGGUGCAAACUCUGAUGGAAUCGUAUAAAAGUGACCGAGCAGAGUGGCUUCAAUUCGCAAAGUUCGACAAAUACAGAUAUACUCGAAACCUGGUAGAUGAAGGAAAUGGAAAGUUCAACCUGAUGAUCCUAUGUUGGGGAGAAGGCCAUGGCAGCAGUAUCCACGACCAUGCAGAUUCACACUGUUUCCUGAAACUACUUCAAGGACAGCUGAAAGAAACACAGUUCAAUAUCCCAGACGUUAAUCAAAAGAACCGGGAAAUGGUCAAGAAAUGGGAGAAAGUCUUUCAUGAAAACCAGUGUACCUACAUUAAUGACAGUAUUGGGCUGCAUCGAGUGGAAAAUGUGAGUCAUACAGAGACUGCAGUCAGCCUUCACCUGUACAGUCCACCAUUUGACAGCUGCCAUUGUUUUGAUGAAAGAACAGGCUACAAGAACAAAGUCAAAAUGACUUUCUGGAGUAGAUUUGGUGAAAAGACUCCUCUGGGAUUUACAGAAUUAAAAGAAAACAACUGAAACAAAUGGACCAUGAGAAUAUGGAAUACGAAGUGCCAUCUCUCACUAUUGUGGAUAAAGUCAGAAGAAUAUCUCUUUUAUUAUCUGUCUGCCCAAUGUGAAUUUAUUUUCUUGAAAUGAACACCUGGCUACUAGGUUCUACUUUUGAAUGAUAUUUAAGCCAUAAAAGUUUCAAAAUAGUUCCUCUAUUUUGACUUUAACCAA